GUUAUUAUACAAUUAAUUUGUUUAUCGUAAUUCAUGAAUUUCUCAGAAAUUUUACGAAAUUUAUUAUUCUCACCUCAUCCUCCUACUAAUUCUUCAAUUCAUAAUACUGAAUUACAUAAAGCAUCAGUCUAUAAUAACGAUAAUACUAAUCAUAUUAAUAACAAAUUAUGCUUAUUAUUAAGUCAUGGAAAUGCUGUACAUGAAUUAUUCUUCAUUGAAUGUAUUAAUCAAUUUUUACAAAACUAUGCUACAACAAUAAUUCAUCCGUCUCCUAUUCCUACUACCAUCAAUAUCGUUGAUAAUAAUAAUAAUAAUAAUAAUAAUAAUAAUAAUAAUAAUAAUAAUAAUAAUAAUAAUACAGUUCCUGAUGAUCAGCAAAACACAACUAAAUGUUUAAUUUUUUGUCUUCAUAAAUCAUGGAAUAUUUAUCAUAAAUUAAUCAAUCCAUUAUAUGCAAAUAAUAUAACAUUGAAAAAUAAUUUAACCAUCAUUGAUAUGACAGUAAUGCUAGAGAAUUUACUACUCAAAUCAAAUUCUGAAUUAGAUAAUAAUGAUAAAGAUUUAAUUACUGAUGAAAAUAUUGGAACAGUUAUUAAGAAUUAUAUCAAAGACAAGACUGAUGAAUUUCUGAAGAAUAAUUACACAACUAAUCCUUCGAAUGGUGUGCAACAAAAAAAUAUUGGCAUUUUCAUUGAUAAUAUAACAGCUUUAUAUGAUCUAGGAGUUACUGUACGUGAAUUAGAACAAUUUUUAUGUAGUUGGCUUUAUCAUUCACGUGAUCAGCAAACUGCCAUCAAUAUAGCGAAUAUAUUAGUCUGUAUCGGAAUACAUAUUGGAGAUUUUUUCCAAGAUUCAAUUGUAUCAGAAUACGAACCUGCUUUAGUACAUCUCGUUGCUCUAUGGAAAUCACGGGCUUCAAUUACACUAGAAUGUAAACCAUUACUAACAGGUUAUACAUCAUUGGUUGAUGGUCAGUUAAUUUGUUGGAAACGUUCAAUAGAGGAUGAAAUUAAUCUUCAGAAUGUUACCACUUCGAGCACAUAUCAUUUUCAUGUUGAAGGUAAACAUAUAAACUGUUAUACUCCAGGAACUUCAAAAUUGCUAACAUGAGUAUUUUAAUCUAUCUUGUAAAUAAGUUUUUUUAUGGCAAAAAAAUAAAACAUUCAAUGUUUAUUUCUUGUGAUCUUUAAAAUUCUGAAUUUUUGCCCACUAGAUCAGAGACUAAUAAUGAUCCGUUCGUGUGCACCAAUCAGAUAAAUGACUAAUGACUUUGAACAACGACUGGAAAUCCUAAUUCCCAUUUGUUCACACAAUGACUAAUUAGAACACGAAGAUAG